AUGUUUGCUAAGCUUUAUCGCGGUCUUACUUACGUUACCAACAAAAUUCUAUCUACAUUGCUAUCACAUCAUUCCAUACAUUAUUGCAUAAAUUCCUUUAAGCCGACUACAUUGGCAAUUAUAAUUCUUCUACACCCCUGUUGCCGUUGUAAUGUUUACAUUAUUAGAUGCAUCCACCAUUAA